AUGUUGAGCGUCACAGUUUUUCUCGGAUUAAUCGCUGGAUCUUUUGCCUACUUGACACUACUCGAUGGUAAUUGUCCAGAAUUAUUUCCUAUGGAACCACAUGAUCUAAACAAGGUUCCUGGAGACUACUAUUUGAUUAAGCGCAACGUUGAAAAUUGGGAUAAUCAUGGAAAAUGCUUAAGAUUACAUUUCGAUCCACCUGUAGAUGGGGAAGUAAGAUGCAUCACCACUAGCGUUUCUACAAAAACCAAUGAAAUUACAAAAGUGGAGUCUAAAGUAACAGUAGAUGAGAACUCUAUUGUACAUUUCCGUCACAACCUGCCAAUUUGGGGCGAAUACGAUGAAUACCAGGUGCCUCUUAAGUCAGAUUAUGUAAACUAUACUAUCGUCGUAAGCUGUCGCAAUUACGGAGAUAAACAGUAA